AUGUCAAGUGAAGAUUUGCAGUGGCUCGAAAGUUACCUACGCCAUGGAUUUGAUCCGGAAGCUCAGGGAGCCGACGAGUCCACAUCUUUCUUCCAAUCGAACCCUUACUUUGCCUUGCCCCCCUCCUCGUCAUUCACAGCUGCCCACAAUGGCCCCCCCGGCUCUCAUUCAUUCCAGUACUCAAAUGAAAGAAGUGUGAGGCCACCUGGACCCAGUUCGUCCUCAGAAACCUCUCACCAGCCCCCAUACUCUCGUUCCCACCAAGCGCAACCGCAUCAUCAGCCAGCCUCUACCAUGGCGCCACCGUCGGGGUCGCAUACCGAAGGGUUUCAUCGAUCUGCCCCCUCGCAAGGUCCGAAGUCGUUCCCAUCUCAAUCGCCGAAGCCGCCCCCUUCCAAAGGAUACAAAGCGAAUGCUCCUCAACUGCCCAAGCCAGUGCCCUCACACCAGACUGGUCCCCCACAAGGGUAUAAAUCCGGUCACCCUCGAUUGCCUCGACCGGUCCCUGCUCAGGCGUCCACGCCGGGGCCCCCUCCAGGGUACCAACCAGCCUCGUCUCCUGCGGUCCAGUCGAUUCCUUCACAACCGCAUACAGCGGCCCCCACACCGACGCCAGUAUCUUCAACCCUACCGCCUGCGCAAGUGUCACACUCGGUUGUGUCGCCAAUGGAUCUUAUGAAGACGCCAAUUUCAGCUCCGUCAACACUACCACCUGCGCCGGCUCAGACUCCUAAUUCCCGUCCGUCACCCAUACCGCCCGUUCAGGCAUCGAAUACACGUCCCGCGCAAAUGGUAGCCCCGCAGAUAUCGAAUGCGCGUGCCACAUCGGCGCUACCGACUCAGUCGCCUGCCUUUCCUCGACCGAACAUCCCGACUACACAAGCGUCAAACUCAGCCCCUCCGCCUAAUCAACCUGCGCAAACAACGAAUUCGGCUUCGCAGCCUACGAUACAACAAACCAAUACCGCCAAGGGUGGAAGCGAACCGGGCCAUGACGCCAAGAGACGUCGCAUAGGGCCUGCAGGUACACCCGGACGGAAAUCUGGGAGGCCUGCAAUGCCCUCCGCAAAGGCACCCCCUGGCAGUCUUCCAGCUGGAGGGCUUGCGGCUUACAACUUUACGCCUCAGGCAACCGACCCUUCUACGGGCAGAAAUCAUCUGAAGUCUCGGGGAGAUAUUGUGAUGCCGUUACAUGAGGAAGACGCUGCGGUAAAACUGUCCUAUGACCCGAAGACGAUCGCCAGAGACGUCUUGAUUGCGGCAGGCCGUCAUCCAACCGAGGAGCCAUUGAACCACCAUCUGCUUCGCUUGCGCGAUGUCUUCAUCCAUGUUGAUAGCUCGUCGGACUUGUCCACUUUUCGCUGGGAUCUGGUCGAUCCUCUGGGUGCACGUGACACGGGACCGUCUGUCCCUCAGCCACGGGCCCCCGCCGCGCCUGCGCCGCCGCGUCCCGCGCCGCAGUCGGGUCCGUCAUUGCCUGUUCAACAGAACAACACCUUCCGGCCCCUUCCAUCACAACCUCCCCUACCACCGCAACGCCCCGGACCCCAGCCGAGAGCGCAGCCACCAGCUCGUCCACCACAGCCGACGCAGCAGCCGACGCAGCAGCCCCCCGUGCCCGUACCGCAAGGACCCCAGUCGGGACCGCCAACCGGCUUCUUCCACUCGCGCCCUCCGGUGCGGCAUCUCCCACCCGCCUCGCAAGCACCGCUGCCACAAGCCCGGCCGCCCCCGCUGCCAUCUUCACAGCCCCCGUCUCAGCUCAACACACCCACGCCAAAGGCGCAAGUGGCAAUGACGGGCAGAAGACCGGGACGACCCCCUGGCAGCUCGAAGGUGCAGCAGCAGCCCGUCGCAUUGCCGCAGGCUUCAUAUCCGGUGUUUGCGUGCGGAUGGGCGAACUGCCAGGCGGAGCUGCAUAACCUGGAGGGGUUGAAAAAGCAUGUCUUAAAGGUGCACGUGUCGCAGCAACUCACGUGCGGGUGGAAAGGGUGCUCGUUUCCGGAGACUUUACCUGCUGCCCUCUUGUUCAAGCACGUGAAGAAAGACCAUCUGGACCCGGUCGCGUGGAGACUGGGCGAUGGGCCCUCGGUGCCUGGAACUGUGGGAAACGAUGCCGGCGGGAGCCUUGGGCCAUUGGGUAUUCCGGACACGGUGCGACCGGGCAGCGAAGACUCCCUCAUCUUCCCUGCUAGCGCCAGCUCUAUCCGCGCAUUCAACAAAGUCCAUGGGAAUAAUACGCCGCAGGAGAAAACACGGGAGAUCUUCAAGGCGGUGCAGCGAUUGAAGGAGCAGAUUGGCGUGGGGUUGGACCCCGGAGGAUGUGAGCUCGCGACAUCCGCACGGAAUGAGCGAGUGAGCAACGAAGAAGAGGUCUACGAGGUGGUGCCCGCAUAUUAGAAGAACCAUGAUCUAUGAUACCCCCUUUUGCGUGGAGGACAUGUGUCUUUUCCGUGGUUUCGCCGACAGGGCAUUUGACCGCGGCGGUAGCAGGAAUUGGUGUUUGGCGAGUGUUGUUUUCACGGGACUUUCUUUCCCUCCUGGACCAGCAGGUUUUCAGAGGUACCUUGUAAAUCAAUAGCAUGGAGCAGCAGUGGGAGCAUCCAUCAUGUAUCAUACAAUC